CUCUCCUUUCUCUCAUUUGCCCCUCUGUGCAGCCAUGGGUCGGGUAACAAUCCUGCAGCUGGGGGUUCUGUUGGCGUUCCUGACUGGAACCAGCUUAGCAGCUCCGCAGGGCAAUCAGUUUGUUACAGUCUUCAUGCAAAACUACCAGUUAUCCUACAGCAGCGCCAAGUUCCAGCUCUUCAUUACCGGCUACGAACCUUCUACUAAAGUCACGGUGUGGAUGAACAAGUCUAGCUACAAGCAGGAGUUAUUAGUCAACGAGCGCACCACCUUCAAGGUUCAAAUACCUUCAAGCGCCGAGCUGCCGGGGACAAGUAAAACCUCCAAUGUGGUCAUCGUCACGGCCGACAAGCCCGUCUCGGUGCUCUCCAUCAACUUCAAGAUGCAAAGUGCCGACUCGAGUAUUGUAUCCCCAGUGCAAGACCUGGGAACUGAGUACUACGUGGUGACCCCUCAAGACGGCCCUCCCGAUGGAUUCAAAGAAUUCUCAGUCGUUAGCUGUGAUCAGCCCACCAAUGUUGACAUCUUCCUCAAAGGACAAGUCGUCUUCCAGGACAAAAUGUAUCCGGCUGGCAGUAAACUCUCUGUAAUGCUUGAACCCUAUGCUGCUCUUCAGCUCCAAAGCAGAGAUGAUCUGUCAGGAACCAGAGUGGUGUCUCAAAAACCAGUGGCUCUUCUGAGCGGCCACACCUGCGCCUGGAAGAACACCAAAUGUAACCACGUCUACGAGCAGUUUGCCCCAGUCGCCAGCUGGGGGAAAUCCUACAUCGUGCCCCCUAUUACUUUCCAGACCAAGAGUGACAUUGCCUACGUUGUGGCUUCUCAGAACACGAAGGUUGACUAUGUCGUUGAAUCCAAACUAACGUCCGUGACUUUAACUGAGGGUCAAGUGGUGCAGUUGGAGGUUCCGGCUCAAACGCCGCUUUCUAUCACAGCCAGUGCUGGAAUUCAAGUCAUUUACUACUGUACAGGGUGGACGGACAGAACUGCCACCCAGUACGACACCAUCCUGAUGGCUAUCCCUCCAAUAACCAAUUAUUGCACCUCUUUCUACGUCUACGGUCAAGAUGAUUUUGACAACUAUGGCACUUUCGUGGCUAAGACUUCAGACAUCUCCAAGGUGACCUACAACAAAUCGCCUAUCCAGGGCUUGACGUGGAAGAACAUUCCUGGCACUGACUAUUCCUGGACAACUCAAACCUUUGGCAAAGGUUUCUCCUCACAACUUUUGGAGAAUCCAUCGUCCCCCUUCAUGAUUCUAUCUUAUGGACUCACUAAAUUGAACAAUUACGGAUCUCCAGCUACGUGCAUCAAUAGCGUUGCCGUGGCGUCUUGUGAAACCACAAAAUGUAGAUCUAAGGAAAAGUGCCAAAUGACCAACGGGAAGCCAGUUUGCAUUCCAACCUCCGAGUCUCUAUGCUGGGCAGUUGGAGACCCCCAUUUUCGCACCUUUGAUGGCCGCUUUUAUGACUUCCAGGGCACUUGCACUUACACCAUCGCCAAGACCUCUGGAAGCGACAGCAGUCUCCCGGUUUUCAACAUCGAAGCCAAGAAUGAGAAUCGAGGCAACACCCGAGUGGCCUAUGUCAGCUUUGUUACUGUCCAAGUGUAUGGAUUCACCAUGUCUUUAGUGAGAUACGAAAAUGGAUUUGUUAGGGUGAAUGACCAGCGUCAGCGUCUUCCCAUGAAUCUAAACGAUGGCCAGGUCAGGUUGUACCAGUCUGGAUCUAUGGUUGUCAUUGAAACAGAUUUUUCCAUGAAAGUGUAUUAUGACUGGAACUCCAUCCUCAAAGUGUCCAUCUCCAGCAGCUUCUAUGAAAGCGUUUCCGGUAUGUGUGGUAAUUAUAACGGAAACCCCGGCGAUGACUUGGUCACACCAGCAGGAACGCAAGCUCCAAACUUGGUCGACUUUGGUAAGAGCUGGAAAGUCGAGGACGGAGACCGGUUCUGCUGGCACAACUGCAAUGGGGAAUGCAAGACGUGUUCCCUCGACCUCCAGAAACAAUACGCGAGCGAGCAAACCUGCGGACUUCUUUCCAAGGCCGAUGGCCCCUUCCGCCAGUGCCACGGAUCCGUUGAUCCAAAAGUCUACGUGGACAACUGUGUAUAUGAUUUAUGCAUGAACGGCGGAUCCAAGCAGAUUCUGUGCCAAAGUAUAAAGAGCUACGCCGAUGCUUGCCAGAGGAACAAAAUUCAGAUUGCAGAAUGGAGGCAACCCUCUGGCUGCCCCAUGCAGUGCCCUGAGAACAGCCAGUACAAGCUGUGCAGUAAAGGAUGCCCUUCCACCUGUAAUGACGACGCAACCCCGUCCACUUGUUCUGAGUCUUGCGUGGAGGGCUGUGAGUGCAAGGAUGGGUAUGUUUUGGAUGAAGGUAAAUGCAUCCCCAAAUCAAGCUGUGGUUGCAUCUAUGAGGGAAGACUGUACGCCGCCAACGAAAAGUUCUGGGCUGACAACAAAUGUGAAAACCAGUGCACGUGCAACCCCUCCACCAGGAAGGUCGAAUGCAAAAUCAACCGUUGCAAGUCUUCCGAGAAGUGCGGAGUGGUCAACGGGAUUCAGAACUGUUACCCACUUAGCUACGGUACCUGCACAGCUUCUGGGGAUCCCCAUUAUGUCUCCUUUGAUGGGGUCAGGUAUGAUUUCCAAGGUACGUGCAUCUACCAGUUAGCAGGACUCUGCAAGAAGACAGAAGGUCUGGUGGACUUCACGGUCAAUGUUCAAAAUGAAAACAGAGGCAGCAAAGUGGUGGCUUAUACAUCGGCAGUGAACGUGACGCUCUGUAACCUCCAAAUUGGGAUUACCCGGCAGUACAAAGACCGAAUUCUGGUAAAUCAAGUUCUAACCAACCUCCCAUACAGUGUUGAAAAUGGCAAGCUGUCGAUCUACAAGCAGGGCUUCAAUGCCAUCCUUCAGACCAGCUUUGGUUUACGAGUCGUCUACAACUGGGACAGCUACGUCGAAGUCAAGAUUCCAAGCACUUACACAGGCGCGGUGUGUGGUCUUUGUGGCAAUUACGAUGGUGACAAAAACAACGACUUUACCAUGAAAAACAACCAAGUUGUCACCAAGCCACUUCUAUUUGGAAACAGCUGGAAGGUCCAGAACGUACCUGGCUGUUACGAGGAGGAUAAGGGAGACUGCUCCAACUUGGCGGAACUGGAACUCCGCCACCGAGCCAGCAAGGAGAGUUGCGGCAUGCUAAUAGAUAAGAGCGGACCUUUCCGCGAUUGUCACGCCAAGGUAGAUCCACAAGGCGCGUUCAAAGACUGUGUGUACGAUUCCUGCUUCUAUGCUGGGCGCCAAGACAUUCUGUGCAAGGUCAUAGCUGGUUAUGCUGCUGCUUGCCAACGUGCCGGACUCAACAUUGAGCCCUGGAGAUCUGCAAAGUUCUGCAGCCCCGUUUGUGGUAAGAACAGCCAUUAUGAAGUAUGUGCCUCAGCCUGCCCCUCAACGUGUCUUGCCCUAGCCCCUCCCAUGGGAUGCAGCGGCGAAUGCUCAGAGGGCUGUGAAUGUGACGAUGGCUUUAUUCUCAGUGGUGGAGACUGUGUCCCGAUUUCCCAGUGCGGCUGCAAUUACAACGGGCAGUACUACAAAUCCGGUGAGGUUUUCUAUCCCAAUGGAAUGUGCAGCCAGCAGUGCUCAUGUACCCAAAGUGGGGCAGUUGAGUGCAAAGCGUUCGCCUGUGGCCCCAAUGAAGUAUGCAAAGUGGUUGAUGGAAUCCAAAAAUGCCAACCCGUUGGGUUUGGUACCUGCUCUGCUGCUGGAGACCCGCACUACAUGUCCUUGGAUGGCCUGGCAUUCGAUUUCCAAGGCACUUGCACCUACACGCUCACCAAGAGCAUCACGAGCAAUGCCAACUUGGUUCCUUUUGCCGUUAAUGUUAAGAAUGAAAAAUAUGGCGAUGGAAAAGUUGCGGUGACCAAACUAGUGUCCCUGGAAGUCUAUGGCUACACCCUUAUCCUUCAAUAUAAUACGCAAGGUCGCAUUCUGGUAAAUAAUGUCCUCUACAAUCUGCCACUAACACUGGAGGAUGGAAAGGUUCGGGCCUACCAGCACGGCAUAAGGACAAACAUAGAAACCGAUUUCGGGGUUAAAGUUAGUUACGAUCUCGUUUACCACGUUAUAGUCACCGUCCCAGGGAAUUACAAAGGCCAAGUGGGUGGUCUUUGCGGUAAUUUCAAUGAUGACAGAAAGGAUGAGUUCCAACUUCCAGACAAGAGGCUGACAGCUGACGCAACGACAUUUGGAUCAUCUUGGAAAGUUCAGAUCCCCGGCGUGUCCUGCGAUGAGGGAUGUGGCGGAAAUGGCAAUCCUUGUCCUGCCUGUGACGCUAAGAAGAAGGAAAUAUUCCAAACAGAUAACUAUUGUGGCUUCCUGAAGAAGAAGGAUGGACCUCUGAGUGCAUGCUAUGGAACCAUCAACCCUGAUACCUACUUCAACAAUUGCCUGUUUGACGUUUGUGCCGGUGCUGGGGAUGGGGAUACCCUUUGUCGCAGUAUUCAGAGCUACGUCGCUGUGUGCCAAGCAGCCGGCAUUGCCAUCCAAUCAUGGAGAUCGGACUCCUUCUGCCCUCUUACUUGCCCAGCCAACAGCAAAUACAAGGUGUGCGCUGAUGUCUGCUCGACAACGUGUGCCGGAGUUACGGACUUCACCAAAUGCCCCACCACCUGUUCCGAAGGCUGCGAGUGUGAUGAUGGUUUCUUCUUUGAUGGGAAGAACUGUGUAUCAAUGGACAACUGUGGUUGCUUUGAAGAUGGCAGAUAUUACAACCUCAACGAAAGAGUCGUAUCCAACGACUGCAGCGAAGUCUGUACCUGUAGCCCAAUGGGAGGCCUCAUCUGUGAAAAGACGGGGUGCACAAGUGAUGAAAUCUGCAAGGUCACGGACGGCAUCGUAAAAUGUGUCAAUAAAGAUCCAUGCAAAUCCAUGAAGUGUAGAACCAAGGAGACCUGCAAGAUUCAAGAUGGAAACGCAGUCUGUGUCCCCGACUAUACUGGUACCUGCUGGGCGUGGGGAGACCCACAUUAUCACACGUACGACGGCUACAACUAUGACUUCCAGGGCACUUGCACCUACAUUCUUUCUAAAUACAUCGGUAACGAUCCUGGACUGGUGCCGUUCACGAUUGAGGAGAAGAAUGAUAACAGAGGAAGCCAGACGGUGGCUUACGUCAGAACGGUCAAUAUCUACAUGUACGGCUACAAGGUUUCCAUCGUGAAGGGUGAAUUCGGCAAAGUUAGGAUCAAUGACGUCGUCGCCAAUCUACCGGUGGCGCUGCUCGAUGGAAAGAUCUCCGUUAGUAUAAGCGGUGCCAAUGCUGUGGUGAAGACCGAUUUUGGCCUUCAAGUGACCUAUGAAUACAACUGGUAUGUGGUAGUCACUCUAUCCAGCAGCUACUAUGGGGCAACUGGCGGCCUCUGUGGAAACUUCAACCAGAAUAGCAACGAUGAAAUGAUCGCAGCGGAUGGUAGCAAAGUGACAGCGAUCGUCGACUGGGCCAAAACCUGGAAGGUCAAUGACAGAGAUCCCUUCUGCUGGGACUUCUGCAGGGGAAACUGCCCGACGUGCGAUGACAGCAAGAAGAGCACUUAUGGUGGUGAACAGUUCUGUGGCCUCAUCAGUAAAGCAGCCAACGGGCCAUUUAGGGAAUGCCACCCCAAAAUUAACCCAGACAAUUUCUUUGACAACUGCCUGUAUGAUGUUUGCAUUAAUGGUGGAGCAAAGCAAUUCCUGUGCCAGGCUCUUACUGCCUACGCCAAUACUUGCAGAAAACAAGGGGCUAAGAUUUACGACUGGAGGACCCCAUCUGGAUGUGCGUUGCCUUGUCCCGAGAACAGCCACUACGAGUUCUGCGGGAACGCUUGCCCCGCCAGCUGCUCGGAUCGCACUGCCCCAUCGCGUUGCACCGACGCCUGCGUGGAGACCUGUCAGUGUAACGAUGGCUUCGUCCUCAGCGCCGACAAAUGCGUUCCGGUCAAAAGCUGCGGCUGCACCUAUAACGGCGCCUACUACAAGGCCGACGAAGAGUUUUGGUCCGACAAUAACUGUCGCGUCCUCUGCAAGUGCGAUGCCAGCUUGGGUUUCGUGGUCUGCACCCCAACGAGCUGCAAAGCAAGUGAGAAGUGUCUCGUUGUGAACGGAGUACGAGGGUGUCAUCCAAUCAGCUUCUCCACCUGCUCGGCUUAUGGCGACCCUCACUACACGACCUUCGAUGGCAGGAGGUUUGACUUCAUGGGCACCUGUGUCUAUCAGUUAGUAGGUGUGACCUCCAGCGAUGCUUCUCUCACUCGCUUCACUGUGAAGGUCCAGAACAAUAACAGAGGCAACAAAGCCGUGUCUUAUACCAAGGUGGUCACCGUGGAGGUUUAUAACAUGGUCCUGACCCUCAGCAUGGACUUCCCACGUCGUAUUCUGGUUGAUGGUGUUGCCACGGCGUUACCUUGGUACGAUGGAACUGAUAGAGUCAGUGCGUAUAUCAGUGGCAACCAGGGCAUAAUUAAGACAGACUUUGAUCUCACAGUGGUCUACGACUGGAGUAGCUACGUAGCCGUGACUGUCCCCAGCACAUACACUAAUGCUGUUAAUGGCUUGUGCGGCAACAACAACAAAAACCCCAACGAUGACCUAACCAUGAAGAAUGGCAAUGCCGCGGGCAAUGCCGUGCAGUUUGGUGAUAGCUGGAAGGUUGGCGAGGUCCCUGGUUGCACCCCCGAGUGUACUUCCAAUUGCCCUCUGUGUUCUGAAGCUCAAAAACAAGAUUACAAGAGUGAAAAGUACUGUGGAAUCAUCACAAAGGCCAACGGCCCAUUCAGCCAAUGUUCAUCCGUCAUUGACCCAACGCCUUUCUUUAACGAUUGUGUUUUCGACGCUUGUCAGUACCGCGGGCACCCGUCAUCGUUUUGCAAUGCCAUCGGCCUCUAUGUAUCUGCCUGCCAGGCUGCUGGGGUACAAAUACAAGAAUGGAGAUCUGCUACUUUCUGUCCUUUAUCGUGUCCUUUGAACAGCCACUAUGAGCUCUGUGGAAAUGGCUGCCCCGUGACCUGCAGUGGUCUUGCCUCACCCACCGGCUGUGUCGCCCCCUGCAAGGAAUCCUGUUCUUGCGACAAUGGCUUCAUCCUGAGUGGUCACAAAUGUGUCCCCAUUGCCAGCUGUGGAUGCGUCUACCAAAACAAAUACUACCAGAGCAACGAAGUGUUCUAUCCCAACGGCCAAUGCAGUGAGAGGUGCCAGUGUGGAGCGAACGGUGUUGCCAACUGCCAGUCUGAAAAAUGUGGACCUAAUGAAGAAUGCACAGUGGUCAAUGGAGUUCGUGGCUGUCAACCCAAAGAGUGCGGUAGAUGUGUGGCUCAAGGAGAUCCACAUUAUAUUUCCUUUGAUGGCCUCACCUUCGACUUCCAAGGCACUUGCACCUACACACUGGCCAAGGUGGUGGAUGACGACUCCAGACUGGUCAAGUUUUCGGUGGGAGUUGAAAAUGAAAGCUACGGAAAUGGCAAUGUGGCAGUAACAAGGCUGGUGGUGGUCUCUGUAUAUGGAUACUCCGUAGCCAUUGAAAGAGGCAUGAAGUGGAAUGCCAAGGUCGAUGGAGAGAUACUCAAACUUCCCCUAAGCCUUGAUGAUGACAGUGUUGUGAUAAACCAAGAAGGGAAUAAUAUUGUGAUCCAGACAGAUUUUGGCUUGAAGGUUCUCUAUGACGCCGUCUACCAUGUUGUUGUCAACGUGCCCAGCUCGUACCGAGGGAAAAUGGGAGGCUUGUGCGGCAAUUUCAACGGGGAUAAAUCCGACGAAUUCCAGCUUCCUAACAAGCAAGUCGUCAAAAAUGUAAAUCAGUUUGGUGCAGCCUGGAAGGUCAGCAUUGCCGGUGCCAAAUGUUACGACGACUGCGGUGACAAGUGUUUUGUGUGUGACCCCCCCAAACUACAACCCUUCAAAGGCACCGCGUCCUGUGGCAUGAUCACCAAUCCAUCAGGUCCAUUUAGAGCCUGCCACUCUAAGAUCAGCCCAACGGAAUACUUUGAUCAUUGCACAUAUGACUCCUGUGCAGCAGAAGGGAAGGAUGAUUUCCUCUGCAAAAGCCUUCAGGCCUACACUGCUGUCUGCCAAACCGUAGGUGUCGCUAUUGAGAAUUGGAGAACGGCUUCUUUCUGCCCUCUGUCUUGCCCAGCCAAUAGCCAUUAUGAACUCUGCACCAGAACUUGCGAUCAAACCUGCACGGGCAUCAGUUCCCCGACCAAGUGCACAACCCGGUGCUUCGAAGGAUGUGAGUGCAACGCCGGCUUUGUGUCUGAUGGAGAGAAAUGCGUCUCUAUGGACAAGUGUGGCUGCACCUUCAAUGGAAGAUACCUGAGUGACAGCGAGUCCUUUAUCACUGGUGACUGCCGCCAGAGAUGCAAGUGUCAGGCAGGGGGAGUCAUUUGUGAAGCUAUUUCAUGUCGUGCCAAGGAACGUUGUGGACUCAAAAAUGGAGUCAGAGGCUGCUACAAGGAGGAAGGAGAGUGCUCCUUGAACCCACAGAACCUUGUGACUUUUGACGGCCUGUCUGGAGGACCUGUUGGGAAUGGUCCCUUGGAGGUGGCUUCCCUUUGCAAAGUUGAUGUGGCUUCAUGGUUCCGAGUCCUUGCAGACAUCCAGACUUGUGGAAAGGGACCCUCGUCCGUUGCUAGGCUACAUAUUUUCAUUCAAAAUUCCCUGGUGACCAUUACUAAGGAUAAAGAAAUCUGGGUUAAUGGACGGUCAUCAUCACUUCCAGCUCGGCUCUCUGGUUUAGAUGUCAGCGUCGUUGAGAAGACCACCCUGGUUCAGAUUGGCACGGACCUUAGGAUAGAGCUGAGCGACAGCGGGGAACUAAAACUCCGCGUGGCUGAGGGAUUGGCCGGCGCUCUAUGCGGAGCUUGUGGCAACUUCAACGAUGUAAGCGCAGAUGAUCUUGUUGGUCCUGGUGGAAAAGUCGUUACAAAUAUUGUGCAGUUUAUUACAUCAUGGACAGCUCGGGACUUCAGCAGCUGCAAUGCCUGAACAGAUGAAAAAAGAUGGCCACACCCUUGUUUCCCUACACGCCAACCCAAAUGCCCACUAUUUUAGAUGACAGAUUGGUUGGUAUCUCCUCCUUUUCUACAGUAUCUCUUGGGAUGACAGAGGAAUGAAACAGAAGGCACAAUGUUAUAGAUAUUGAAAUAUUGUCCUAGAUAUUGCUAUUAAAUGUGAAAAACCAAGUACAAACCAAUAUAACCAGGCUAAAUGAUUUGGUAUGCUCUGGGCAAUGUCUCUAAAAAAUAUAACUCAUUCCUAUAAUCCGGGCAAAUGUAUAUAAAUGUCAUAAAAUUGGUUUUGCACGGCCGCCAUAUAAAAGAAAAAAAAAAAAAAAAGCAUUCAAAUAAAAAUAAUUUCAAAGACCUA